AUGCGUUCCUUCACGAUAUUGAGUGUGAUUUUCAGCCUGGUGCUCCUGGCAUCAGUGGCAUGGUCAUCUCCAAAUAUGUUUGAUGAUAUCUUGAAACGAGCGGAUGCCAUCACAGACACUGCUUCCACAGCCUCAAAUACCCAAACACAAACUGCCAGUGGGACCAACACCGCCUCUGACACAGCAACAAUAAGCACAGGAACAGCCGCACCAGUAACAUCUACAGGCACCAACACCAAGACAACUGGAACUGGCACCAACGCCAAAACAACCGGAACAGGAACCAACACCAAUGUCACCAGCACCACACAUUCAACCACCAUCUCCGUGGACCCUCGAUUGCCCGCUGGCGGCGCGUCCAUGACAAACCCCGCCUCAACAACGACCACAUACUACAAAAUCGGACAAAACGUUACCUUCGGCUGGAAUUUUACGUCGGUACUCGUCACCCCCUCUGCCGUCAACGUGAUUGCGUCUUGCAGGUCGAACAGCGCCACAUAUACGCUCGCCAGUAAUGUCAGUUACUCGAACGCGACAUCCGUAGUUUGGGAAACAGAUAACUAUGGAGCUGAUUCGCAGAGCCCGUUGCUUACGGCGCAUUAUACGUUGAUUAUUUAUGAGGCUGGUACUUCGCCGACGGAUAUUCCAAGCGCCGGAAAAUUGGGGGCUGCGUCAUAUACGUUUGCCAUGUAUUCUACGCAGGCUUAUACACCGUUAUCUAGCUACGUCUGCGUAACAUGCAACUCAGCCGUCUCAACGAUGGACCGACAAGCUCUUACCUUCAUUCUCGGCAUGGUAGCCAUCACCAUCUUCUCAUUUACUUCAUUUGCCGGUGGAUUUGGACUUUUCUAA